AUGGAUGACGUCUGGAGUAAUGAAGUCUGGGAUGAGGUAAGGUCUGCUUUUCCUAAUGACUCCAAUGGAAGUAGAAUAUUGAUCACUAGCCGAAAUAAAGUAGUGGCUUUGCAUGCAAGUCUUACUCCUCCUCACCUUCUCUCAUUUCUUGACAAAUAUGAAAGUUGGGAACUCUUUAAGAAAAAUGUGUUCCGAGGAGGAAUAUGUCCUCCCGAAUUUGAAACUCUGGGAAGACAAAUUGCAGAAGGUUGUCAUGGUUUACCCCUUUCAAUUGUUGUAUUAGCGGGCCUUUUAGCGAAUAAGGAGAGGUCACUCCACAUAUGGUCGAAAUUUGUUGGUCAUGUAUCGAGUUUCCUAAUUACUCAAGCAGAGGAUACCAUUAUUUGCGAGAAAAUACUAUCCUUAAGCUACACGGAUUUGCCCCGGUACUUAAAGCCGUGCUUUUUGUAUUUUGGUAUGUAUCCUGAAGACCAUGAGAUUCCAGUAAGGCAAUUGAUACACCUGUGGGUAGCUGAAGGAUUCAUACAGCACACUGGCCAAAGAUUCCCGGAGGAUGUUGCUGAAAUGUACUUGGAAAAUCUCAUUGAUCGAAGCUUGAUCCAAGUGGCUAGAAGGAGGGUAGAUGGAGGAGUAAAGGCAUGUCGUAUCCAUGAUCUUUUACGAGAACUCUGCAUAUCAGAGAGUGCGAAAGGGAUGUUUCUUGAGGUUCAAUCAGAAAACCGUUUAGAUACGAACAAUUCCCGCCGACUAUCCAUCCAAGGUAACACUCGCCAAUACAUGUCUUUAAACCCGUGUCCCUAA